AUGUCAGGCGAAAGGCUGCCCGAUUCUACUGCUACUUGGCAAGACCACAAGGCGCUUAUCAAGCAAAUAUACUUUGGUCGCGAUGGACAGCACCGCAACCUGCGCGACGUCCGCCAGACGCUGAUCUCCGCACAUCAGUUCCCACUUGUCCCACAUCGCCCUUCGACCACUCCCAAAGGACGUGGUUGUCCAGGCAGCAUCAACAACCAUGUCCAGGGCGCAAGAAGUAACUCUGUCCAACAAUGCACCAAUUUCGCUGGCAUCAGAGCCUCUGGUAAAUCCUGUGGAGUCGAGAUUGGCCGUCGACACAAGCGCCGAACCUCUGAACUUCCCUCUAUCAGAAUGGCCACAUUACGGCUGAUAAACCUGGUGAUCGCGGUGGACGACGCAGGUGCGCUCCGCACAUUGAUUCUCCACAACGCGCGUCCGCUCUUGAUGGACGCACCCGCGAUCGUCCCUAAGCUUCUGAGCGGUGAUGCUUGCAACUGCCUCGAGUACUUUCUAUCUGUCCAGCAGCCAGAUUCCAGCAUGGUCAAGGUUGUGGUCGAGGGUGCAGUUCAGGCUUGUGCAGGGAAGCUUAGAGGUCGCUCCGGUCGCAUGUUGUCCACACUGCUCGCAUGGAUCCGUACAAAUCUAAGAGGCAGAGAAGCCAUUCUUACCGCAAAGAAGUGCUUUAAAGACGCUCAACUACCUGGUGAGGCUUCGUCUGAUAGGUCAAAGACCCUCGAAGCACUGGUAGGGACUCUAGUUUACGAUCGCUCCCAUGGCACAGUAUCUCCAGAUCACCGCACCGCCCCGGAAAAUGCUAGAAGCAUAAUACACCGUCUUAUCGCGGAAGCUGGACAGAGCUAUAUCGACGACGUAGCUGCCGGGUGUCAAAUCGGGAGACGAUACGAUCCUGUCAUCCUCACAAUCGCAACCAACAAAAAGAUCACUAGACUCCGCGUCCAUAGGACUCUCCACUUCCCCGAGCAACAAGAGUAUGAGCGGACGGUGCUUGAUUUGCUCGACUGCGUUGCACAAGGGCAAGGAGCCGCUUCAUGGACAGCCACCUUCAUCGGAUCGCUCGCAGCCCUGACUCCGACGGCUCCUGGGUGGGUGGACACAUAUCAGUUUCCAACAGCUACUGAUCUUCUGAUUCACGCCGUCUGGUACCUCAAACAUUUUGGCCCUCAGCCCGGCUCAAUAUCAGCCAUAACCUGGCUCAACCAAGCCGGGGUAGGAUUCGGCCUGAAGGCCAUUGCAGCAGCGGUAUCGAGGACAGACCGACUCGAUACACUGAUUCAGAUCAAGCAGCUUGGUGCAGAUAUAGCCCGCCACGGACACCGGGCGCUGGCAUUGGCAGCAAGCAACAUUGGACACGAGACCGUAUCGUGGUUGCUUUCUCAAGGCGUUAGCAUCGAUGCUGCAGCAUCUACUCGCAACUCGACUGCAAUUCAAGAGACCAACUACGAGCCAGAGAAGGACCUCGAACGAACUCUGCUGUUCCACGCGUACACAGCGGCACACUCCUGUAUUCCUCACUUGGCAGUUCCCGAAGCAAGCCGGCGGCUUUUGAGUCUGGGAGCGAAGAUUAGCGAUCCAACGAUGUUCCUUAUGACACUCCUCGACCGUUCUAACAACCACAGUCUCGAAGACUGGCAGCUACUAGUGGCAUGCAUCAGCCUGCGACAGUCGGGCGCUUCUCUUGAGGCAGGUCGAAUUCUCGAGAUCUGUCUCAGAAAACACAGCUGGGCACUGUCUGAUUAUGUACUCAGUCGUGGUGCAACAUGCCGACCCAGAACAUUGGAGGCAGCCCUGGAAGGGGGCGCACCAGAUACGCUUAUGCAUCGCCUCUUACAGACUGGAAGACCUGUUAAUCAGGCAGCCAUCAAGACGGCAUAUCGCGUCUGGAAUCUGGAUGUCAUCAAACACGCCCAAGCUCAGGCCAACAACAAGUUCGGCACAGCGGAAAACGAGUCGAGCGAUUCACUUCUGCGUCUGGUCUGCAAUAACAGGCCUACCACACCUGCUGAGACGCAGCGGCGGAACUUCCUUGUUCGACAGAUAUUGCAGAGCGUCGAGGAUCUCAAUGACGAAGAUAUCAAUGACCAGGAUGAAUAUUGGGGUGUCAGUGCGCUCUCCCAGGCUGCGAGGAAUGGCGACCUCGAGCUUGCCAUGAUUCUACUCGAUCAUGCGGAUAGAUUUAACAUCGCCGAUGCCUUGAGCUAUGACCCCGAAGUUAGCUAUCCGCUCGACCUGGCGGUUUGUGGAGGGCACCUGGACAUGGUGCAGCUUCUGUUGAACGUGGGGGCUAAGAGCUCGUUCCCAGGGAAGACGGGGUUCGACGGCGCCAUGGCAUAUGCCAAGGCAUCCAAGGAGGACGUGAUCCUCGAGCUCAUACAACGUUUUGCGGGGAUGGAAGGGACGGCAUGA